AUGUCAGAGAGUCGCACACGGAAUAGAAUCAUUGCCUGUGUCGAUGGGACAUGGUUCAAUGCGGACGGGCAAGAGGGGCAGGGCCAAGGAAACAACAGCAAUAUCUCUCGUAUCAACUGGUCUAUCAAAAAUAAGACCUUUCGAGACGCGGAUGGAUGCGAAGUCAAGCAGACGGUGAAGUACUUCUACGGCAUAGGGGUAGGCCAGUCUGUGCCAGCGAAGCUCAACGCUGGCAUAACCGGCAAAGGCUGCGAUGAGCAAAUUCAUGCAGUCCAUGAGUUUUGCGUCAAUCAUGCCGAGGGUCCCAACGACGAAUUCUGGUUCUUUGGGUUCAGUCGUGGAGCGUAUGUGGUACGUGCUGUUGCGAAACUGCUCAGUGGCGGAGUCGUGAAGAGGUUCGAAGACUCCUCCGAGAGGAAAAGAUGGAAGAACAUGAUUCUGGGACGGCGGAAAAACAAGAAUAACGGUGAGAGAUUUGAGUUCUCACGCACACAUUCUUCUUACGUUCCCGUCAUAAAAUUCCUCGGGCUAUUCGACACCGUCGAAAUGACGACGCUGAACUACGAUAUUACGAUUCCCGGAGGGUGUAUAGAGACCAUUCGACACGCCAUGGCCCUGAACGAGCAUCGAUUACUUCGUCCACUCUCCAUGGUCGAGAAUCCUGGUGUCGCGCUACAAGAAACGCAAUCUACCAUACAAGCAUGGUUCAUUGGCUGUCAUGAAGAUAUGGGUGGUGGAGCACUCCAUGAUGGCUUGUCCCUGUAUCCGUUGCAAUGGAUUCUCCAAGAAGCUCGCGCUCGGGGGUUGGUUCUGGAACAUCCUAACCACCUUCCACAAGAUGUCGACGAUCCUCUGGAUCUUGUGUUCCCCGUACCCGACGAAAACACUGCAAGAGCCGUGGGGCCGGCUUUGGGUUCCAUGUUUUGGCAUUUCCGAUAUUCAAAUGGUUUCACCAUUCCCAUGCAUGACCUUCGAGCAGUACACCGUGAAGUCGACCUCGCAGACCAGUCACGUAAGCUCAAGAAAAGGGCAGCCUUAUCCAGAGCAGCCACGCAUGACAUUCGUUUGAACCCUGGUCGAUUUGACAGCAUGGAAUUUGGAAAGAGGGCCAUAUUUGUGAAAAACGGGGAGUUGGGCGAGCUUGUUGGCUAUUCAGGGAGCUCUCGUUCCGGGACCAUCAUUCAUCCUGCUGUCUACUUUCUCAUGGAUGCCUACUAUACGCGAUCGCUCGCUGCCAGUUUGAAGGGCAUUCAGAGCCAUUUGGAGGUAUUCAGAGAAAAUGCAUCACUAAAAGCCGUUAGCGAAGAUGGCACUGCCUCCCUGGAUACGUAUCCCUGGAUCAAAGACUUCACUCCGUCAGUCGCCUAUCCAAGCUGUCGUAUCUUGAUUUGUGGGAAUAAUGGAGUCGGCAAAUCUACUCUGCUGAACCGCGUGUUUGGCUUGCCGAUGUCUGCAAUUAGCCAUGGCAAGGCCGGUGUGCAUGAUAUAGAGGAGGGAUUCCAAGAUGCGAACCAUCCUGGUAUAAUCAUUCAUGACUCGGAAGGUUUCCAAGCUGGAGGGACCAAGGAAGUAAAGGCGUUCAACAAAUUCCUUGCCGACCGAUGUGGACAAACUAAGCCAGAAGAAAAGCUGCACGCGAUCUGGUUCUGCAUUGAGUCUGGCUCUUCUCGGCCUGUCCAGACUGUGAUGGCAAAUGUUCUUGCGGCUGUGGCCAAGGCCGCUCCCAACAUACCAAUCAUUAUUGUCUGUACAAAGAAAGAUGAAUAUUUGACAAAGCAUGAUGUAGGAUUAUCGUGGGAUGAGGUUAAAUCCAUCUGUCGAGACACAGUCGAUGAAGCAAGCCCUCUCAUGAGAAGACAGCGAGAAAUUCUCGAUCUCAGGCAAAAGGCCAUCAUAGAGAUCAUCGAGGGAGGAGAAGCUGGAAAGUCUUGGAAACAGCUCCAGGAUGUGCAUUUUCAGUUCGUGUUUGCUGGCGUAGGGUCGGGGGAUGCCUCGCUCUCCCAACUCUAUGACGCACGAUCUAUCAGAGGGUUGAUUCAAACGACCGUUGCUGCUAUUGGUCACACCUUUGUCACUGACGGUAUGAUUGCGGCUCAAAUCCAGGACCUUGAAGCCAAGAUUGACCUUGCGAUCGAGAAAACGCUCCAGUUUCUUCGCAGAGCAAUCAUCAACUCCACAGCUGGAGCAGGUCUUGUUUUCUCAAGUGCGAUUGGCACACCAACGAUAGCUCGUCUUCUGUGUAAUGAGAUUGUCACCAACUGUUACGGCAUUCCCGAGUACAUGGCAAACAAGGUCGAAGGCCUGCUCAACAAGAUUGUCGGCCGUAACACUCUCAUAUUCUUGGCUCAGUCGCUGGGCCAGAGUUCUCUCAUAUGGGGUGGAGUCGUUACCAUGACGCUCUUCACGCUCUUUGGUGGCAUACCUUUGGCAUUGGGAGCGCCACUUCUCGAGGCGCCGCCAGCUGCACGAAUGGUCCUGAAAUGUGCAUGCGACCUCAUUAUAAUAUUGGACCGCGCGUUCAGGCUUGACGGAGCCAACAAAUUUGUCAGCUACGACAAGAUCCGUACUGUCACUCUCGGAUACGUGACAGCCACCGGAUCCAGGGACGACGGCGGACCAACACGAUCAAGGAGAUCAAUGGUCCAUAGCGCUGUCAACGAGCUCAUUCCUCUGAUAUCAGAUAUCUCGAUGAAAGGUUUCAAAGAAAAGAAUGUCACUAGAUACAGAAGUGGUGUAAAGGAAACCAUCAUGAAGCAUCGAUACAGUGAUGCAGAUAGCAGGUCCAUUGCGUCAGAGACGAACGAGGAGCAACGCCUAUCCUCUGUAGAGACCCUCGAAGAAGAUCAAGAAGAGGAGGUUCAAUUCGGGAAAGUCAUAACUAAUUCUGAAGGUGGUAAGUAG